AUGGACAUCGCGAUAAUUGAACUUGUAGUCAUUCCUCUGAUUCUCGUCUUCCUCGCGACUGGACUUGUCGGCAGCCAGGUGAGGUGGGGGUCCGGUGCUCCACUGCCGCAAGGCAUCGAUCUGUUCUUUCGGUCCCAUCCAAUUCUCUCCACCCUUGCGUCGUCUGACCAUUUGUUGCCUCGCAGCCCCGACCACGCCCGUCACCUGUUCGACGGAAUGCCUCGUAUGAAGAAGCGCCAGAGUGCACCACCGGUGAGCGUCGCCGACCGCAUCGGCACCCUCCCCGAUAGUCUCCUCCACCACGUGCUCUCAUUCCUCCCAGUGCAGGCCGUCGUGCGGACUUGCGUGCUCGCCAGGCGGUGGCGCCAUCUUUGGAGGUCAACCACAAGCCUGCGCAUCGUCGGCCUUGACGAUAAUUACUAUGUUGAUGUCGUAGAACUCCGGAAGUUCGUGGACCAUUUUCUGUUACUGCGUGAGCGCACCGACCUAGACCUUGUCGAGAUCAAAUUCAAUGAAUUCUGUGAAGAAGACCAACCCUAUGUGAAAACGUGGGUCCGUUUCGCCUUGAUGUGCAAAGUCCGCAGGCUCACCCUUCAUGUUCGUGGAUCUCAAUAUCUCUACCUAGACCCGUCUCUUGUCUCUCGGCAUCUGAGAACAUUAGACCUUGAUGGUGUAGGCCUACAAGAGACCUUUCUUGAUUUUGGUAGCUGCCCAGUAUUGGAGGAUCUGAAGAUAAGUCAUUGCAUUAUAAAUGCUUGUAGGAUGUUGUCCCAUUCCCUAAAGCAUUUGAGCAUCUAUUGCUGCCACAACGAAUUCACUUGCCGGAUCCAUGUUUCUACUCCGUGCCUUGUCUCUCUGAAACUUGAUCAUUUUAUUGGUAGAACACCGUUACUUGAAAACAUGGCGUUGCUAGAGAGUGCAGAUGUGUAUCUUAGUGAUUACUGCAAAGAUGUCUGUUUGAAUUAUGACUCUGGUGUGCUCUGUGGAUCUAAUAAUAAUGCAUGUCAGAAUUGUGUUCCUAUUGAAGACGAUUGCAGCAGAGAAUGUGUUCUUCUGGGUGGUAUCUCAAAUGCUAAAUACCUGAAGUUGCUACCUGGGAGUAAAACGUUCGUUUUCACAAGAGAUUUGAAACACUGCCCCACAUUUAUCAAGUUAAAGACUUUAUUGCUCAACGAGUACUGGUACGAGGCUCCUGAUUUGGAUCCACUAGCUUGCAUUCUGAAAAACUCACCAGUUCUAGAGAAGCUCACGCUUCAACUUUUUUCCGAGGGACCAAAUCAUAAAGUGGAAAUUAAAGGACGCUACAGUUCAAUGGAGCGACCGUCUGCAAUAUCUGAGCACCUUAACAUAGUUGAAGUCAAGUGCAGUGUGGUCGACGAGAGAAUUCUCAAAGUUUUGAAGUUCCUGUCUGCACUUAACAUCUGCUUCAUUUUCUGAGUAAGUGUGACAAGAUGCCUGUGGAUCUGCCAUCCCUCCUUGGCUAUUCAGAGAUCCAAGGCUUAAGCGUAUAUGCUGUGUGGAUGUUUCUAUCUUGUUUUUUUUUCUUGUGCAUCUUAUGCUGAUUUGAGGUACGGUGUAGAAUCCGUGAUGCAUACAACUUAUGAACUCUAGAGAGUGAAGACUGCAGACCAUCUGGCUAGACUUCGCUUUACCGUAUCCUGUAAUAUCUAUUGCACUUUCGGUUCAUGCUUAAUUUACUUAGCUCUGAAGGCUGGUUAGUACUCU